AUGGCUUCAUCCAGCGCGUCUUCGGAAAGCGGGCAGACCUCUCCUAGCGGAGUGCGGGACACCUCCGUGGAAUCCAGCUCAGCCGCCACAGCUCACCUCACCUCUCCACUAGCACCAACGGGGACGCCUGCUGCAUCGUUGAGGAGCACCACUCCGAAUGCAGCCAGCCCGACUGAAGAGACAGCAUCCUCGGAAGCUGCAAGCACCAUGGGCAGCCAGAGCUCUGCAGCGCCAGCCACAAGCGUGGCUGGGGCCACCGGUUCCCCUGCUGCGUCCUUCUCCAGAAGCCCAAGUUCUCCACAGCUGGAGCGCUCCGCAACCUCUUCCCACGUGAUGGCUAGUUCUUCCGGGACAGAAAGCGCAGCGGGUCCCAGCACCUCGGUCGGCUUAUCAAGUACGGGAACAGGCAAGCUGGAAGUCUCCUCUUCUUCCACGACAGAGUCUGUCAUAUCAUCUGGGAACCCGGCAUCCUCCAGCUCUGAAGCGCUACCUCAGGUGACCACCACGGAGCACGUUUCUUCAGAAACAUCUCCCGGGAUCUCAGGGACAAGUGUGUUCUCGGCCACAACCCACACUGCUGACAAGAGCUCCGCAGCACCAGUGGCAACAGAGAGCCCGGCUACCAAUUGGACGGCAGGCCCAGCAUCCAGUGCCUCCAUCAUGGCUUCAUCCAGCGCAUCUUCGGAAAGCGGGCAGACCUCUCCUAGCGGAGUGCCGGACACCUCCGUGGAAUCCAGCUCAGCCGCCACAGCUCACCUCACCUCUCCACUAGCACCAACGGGGACGCCUGCUGCAUCGUUGAGGAGCACCACUCCGAAUGCAGCCAGCCCGACUGAAGAGACAGCAUCCUCGGAAGCUGCAAGCACCCUGGGCAGCCAGAGCUCUGCAGCGCCAGCCACAAGCGUGGCUGGGGCCACCGGUUCCCCUGCUGCGUCCUUCUCCAGAAGCCCAAGUUCUCCACAGCUGGAGGGCUCCGCAACCUCUUCCCACGUGAUGGCUAGUUCUUCCGGGACAGAAAGCGCAGCGGGUCCCAGCACCUCGGUCGGCUUAUCAAGUACGGGAACAGGCAAGCUGGAAGUCUCCUCUUCUUCCACGACGGAGUCUGUCAUAUCAUCUGGACCCUCCGGGAGCCCGGCAUCCUCCAGCUCUGAAGCGCUACCUCAGGUGACCAGCACGGAGCACGUUUCUUCAGAAACAUCUCCCGGGAUCUCAGGGACAAGUGUGUUCUUGGCCACAACCCACACUGCUGACAAGAGCUCCGCAGAACCAGUGGCAACAGAGAGCCCGGCUACCACUUCGACGGCAGGCCCAGCAUCCAGUGCCUCCAUCAUUGCUUCAUCCAGCGCGUCUUCGGAAAGCGGGCAGACCUCUCCUAGCGGAGUGCGGGACACCUCCAUGGAAUCCAGCUCAGCCGCCACAGCUCACCUCACCUCUCCACUAGCACCAACGCCUGCUGCAUCGUUGAGGAGCACCACUCCGAAUGCAGCCAGCCCGACUGAAGUGACAGCAUCCUCGGAAGCUGCAAGCACCCUGGGCAGCCAGAGCUCUGCAGCGCCAGCCACAAGCGUGGCUGGGGCCACCGGUUCCCCUGCUGCGUCCUUCUCCAGAAGCCCAAGUUCUCCACAGCUGGAGGGCUCCGCAACCUCUUCCCACGUGAUGGCUAGUUCUUCCGGGACAGAAAGCUCAGCGGGUCCCAGCACCUCGGUCGGCUUAUCAAGUACGGGAACAGGCAAGCUGGAAGUCUCCUCUUCUUCCACGACAGAGUCUAUCAUAUCAUCUGGACCCUCCGGGAGCCCGGCAUCCUCCAGCUCUGAAGCGCUACCUCAGGUGACCACCACGGAGCACGUUUCUUCAGAAACAUCUCCCGGGAUCUCAGGGACAAGUGUGUUCUCGGCCACAACCCACACUGCUGACAAGAGCUCCGCAGCACCAGUGGCAACAGAGAGCCCGGCUACCACUUGGACGGCAGGCCCAGCAUCCAGUGCCUCCAUCAUGGCUUCAUCCAGCGCGUCUUCGGAAAGCGGGCAGACCUUCUCCUAG